AUGUCCAACUUCAACACUACCAACACCACACCACGACCUCGACUCUCCACCAGUGCUGCUCCCUUGGCUAGAACCACCACGAUGCUGCCGGCCACCGGUACCGGCCUCAUGGGACACAACGACCACCACCACCACCUGUCCAAGCAGGAACGCAAGGCCCUCAAGCAUGGUCACGGCGUGACCGGCGCGAGCAUGCCGCUCGCGGGCGCCGCCGCCGGAACUGGUCUUGGAACAGCCAUGCGUGGUGCGACGACCAGUGUGGUGGAGCACCAGCCCAUCGUCGAGCGCGAGGUCGUCGUGGAGCGGCCGGUCGAGGUGCGCCGAGAGCACCACAUCCAGCCGGUCAUCCACGAGCGCGAGCACCGCAUCCAGCCCACCAUCAAGACCCAGAUCACCACCGAGCGGCGCGUCCUCGAGCAGGACCGCACCACGAUGCUGCCGCCCGUCGUCGAGAAGCCCUUGAUGGGCGCUGCACUCACAGGCACCACCGGCCUUUCCGCCCAUCAGCACCAGCCCCUCGCCACCACCGCCGGUGCCCAUCAUGGUGGUGGUGUGGGCGCCCUCGAGGCCGAGCGGCGGCUGUCGACCACGGCCGGCGCGACCACCCUGCCCGGCGAGCGCUACGGCACCACCGGCACCACGACCACAGGCCACCACCACGAGCAGCAGCACUCGACGGUGGGGCAGAAGAUCAAGGGCACGGCCAAGGAGUUGGCCGGCACCAUCACGCGCAACCCGGUCAAGAAGGAGGAGGGCCGCAUGCUCAAGCACGGCAUGGCCGAUCCCGCCAUGGCCGCCACCCACCCCACCGGCACCCGCAUUUAA